GCGAAUAUGCUCUGGCUUAAGCUGCAAAUUAAUUUAAUGCUUUUCAUUCUGUAUGCACAAAGAGUGAUUCUAGGCUUAGAUCAGAAAUUCAAAAUCAAUUAUUCUACAGAAGAUGUUUCUAAUGAUGAUAAAAUAAUGUUCUGGAAGGUUUUGAAAAGUACAAAGUACGGUUCAGAUAGGUGUGUUGUUAUUGGAGUUGAUUUAGAACCAUCUGAUGUAGACACAAUAAUUCAUGGAAACAAACAAUUUAUUAAUUAUCAAUCAAACAAUUUACAAGGUCUUCAAGAAGUAAUGAAAACUAUUUGGUGUGUAAGUUUUGUCUCCCGAGAUAUACGCAUUGUGCACAUCGCAGAAGAGCUUUGUCUACGAACAAAUGACUGUUUAACUAUCAUAAAAAAUAACAGACCAAGCAACAGUACUUUAAACCUUACCAAAAAUCAUUUGAAUCAGAUAAAUAUUCUACUUCUACCCUCUGUUGAACACAGUAAAAGGAUAUAUUUGGUGUGUCCAAAUUGUGUUUCUAAAAAUGAGCAAAUAGUCAACAUUUGGAAUACAAGAAACAAGUCACUUCUGUACACAGUCACACAAACAGCCUGUUGCAAUCCAUUAGCAGGAAAAAAGUUGCGAAUGCAUAGUUUUAUCCCUGUUACAAAAGAAGAUAAUCCAUUCAGUUAUUCUGGAGAAACAAUGAUCAAUAAAAAAAGAGUCUCUAAAACUACUCGUGGUCCACUCUAUGAUGUAUUUCAUCUUCUGUCCAACUACUUAAGUUUUGAUAUCGAAUUCAUUUCAACCCAGAAUACAAAUCAAGUCAAACUAGAUUUAUUAAAAAACAGCGUGGAUGUCAUCCCUGCCUUUGCUUUAAACUGGGCGCAAUUAAAUGGUUCUCUUUUGCAAUAUCAAAUUGGAAGAUUUGGUGGUUUUCUUGAUUCAACGAUUGACCUUGUUUGUGCAUUUCCUAAGGAACAGGGAAAAUACUGGAAUUUGGUAAAACCAUUUUCCUUAUAUGUUUGGAUCGGAUUCUUAAUAAGCUUUCUAUUUUGUCUUUUAGUAUACCAAGCAAUACUAAAAAUAAAAAACUCGGGGAAAAGUGAAAAUGGAGUUUUCAUUCUAUUUGGUCUUAUAUUUGCUAACUACAGACCUGUUCCUAAGGAUGUAAACAAAGUUGUUCUUGUCUGGACAUGGUUCAGUUUUAUAAUUGUCCUGGCGUACACAUCAAAUCUUCGAGCUACCCUCGUUAAAAUUGACUAUGAAGAUCCUAUUAUGAGUUUGAAACAAUUAGUUUACAGUUCUAAAAAGAUUUUGACUCUAAAGACUGAUAGACUAUGGGCCUCUGACAACUUCCAUUAUUUUGACUUCCUAGAGAGCAAGGGUAGAUUACUGGAUACUGGUAAACCCGAAAAUAUGAGCGUGGUUGAUGAAGAUCAUUGCACUGGACACAAUGGUUGGGUGGUGCUGAGUGCGAUAAGGCAAAGUAUUAUAGAAGAGGGGAAGCAGAAAUAUUAUGUUGCAAAGGAACCUUACAUCUUUACUCCAGGACAAUGUUUUAUAACAAGGAGGAAAGAGUCAUUUUUCCAGUCUCUCGACCAGAAAAUAAAUCGAAUUGCAGAAUUUGGAAUUUUGGGAAAGCUAAAAUCAAUGAGUCUACCAGAGGCAAUUAAAAUAGAUCCGCCCUCGGACCUUCUUCCUUUACAGUUGGAACAUUUCCUUAUUUGUUUUAUUAUUCUAGCUGCAGGGAUAUCCCUAGGCGUCUUAAUAUUCAUUAUUGAGAUAGGAUUCCAACCAAAAUACUAGAUUAGAUGAUGUGUGGAUUGUUGAAAUGCAAAAUAAAUAUAAACUCUAUCAA